AUGGCGCGGAGCGGAGGAUCCCGGCGGCGAAGACGAGCGAGGCGGGGACUCAAGUCAGAAGUGCGAGGCGCUGCAGCCGCGGAGGCCGAGGGAGGGCGGGAGUCCGGGAGUGGAGGUGCGCCGGCUGCAGGGGGUCUGGGGGGUGGCUCAGAUUCUGGAACCUCAGAAGCUAGUCUUUUACCUCCUUCUUCCCCACCAAGCCAGCCCUGUAAUGAACUGAAUGUUUUUAAUUAUCUUACUGUUUCUCAGGGAAACACAUCAGUUCAGCAGGAUAAGUCUGAUGAGAGUGACUCUUCUCUGUCAGAGGUACACAGUAGAUCCUCCAGAAGAGGCAUAAUCAAACCACUUCCAGCUUUAAAAGGAAUCGGAACCCCACUUCAGUGUGUGCAUGUAGCUGAAGGGCAACAACAGCUGCGCUCUUCAAAUUUAAUUCAUAUUGACAGUAUUUUCUCUUUUAUUUUUGUUUUAGAUUGUACUUUUAAAGUAUGGAAUCUGGUGACUGGGCAGGAAACAAUGUCACUGAGGGGUCAUCCCAACAAUGUCAUAUCAGUAAAAUACUGUAAUUGUACAAGUUUGGUCUUCACAGUGUCAACAUCUUAUAUUAAGGUGUGGGAUAUCAGAGACUCAGCAAAGUGCAUUCAAAUGCUAAUGUCUUCAGGUCAAAUUCCUCUUGGAGAGGCCUGUUCUGCACGUACCAGCUGGACAGUUGCUAUUCCUUCUGGGGAAAACCAGACCAGUCAAAUUGCACUAAGUCCAACUGGCACCUUCCUCUAUGCAGCUUCUGGAAAUGCGGUCAGAAUGUGGGAUUUUAAAAGGUCUCAGUCCACAGGAAAGUUAACAGGACACCUAGGCCCUGUUAUGUGUCUUACUGUAGAUCAGAUUUCCAAUGAACAAGAUCUAAUCAUCACCAGCUCCAAGGAUAAUUAUGUCAAGGUGACUGCUUUUAUUUGGAUGUUUGGUGUAACUGAAGGUGCUCUUGGAACUGUGAGUCCCACCCACAGUUUCGAGCCCCCUCAUUAUGAUGGCACUGAAACGCUAACCAUACAAGGGCAUAACCCAGUAAGUGGGUCCAGAGACAAUGGAAUCAAGAAAUGGGAUCUGGCUCAAAAAGACCUUCUUCAGCAAGUAAAAAAUGCACACAAGGAUUUGGUCUGUGCCCUGGGAGUGGUGCCAGGCCCAGUUUUGCUCAGUGGCUGCGGAGUGGGCGUUUUGAAACUCUGGAACGUGGAUAACCUUGUGCCCGUCAGAGAGAUGGAAGGUCAUGAUGGCCCCAGCAAAACCUUCUUCUAA